AUGUCUGAUAUAGAAGAUCCAUUAUAUGAAUAUAAAUUACAACAAAAAGAAAAUUAUGAAGAACAUAAUUUUACAAAGGUUGGAAUACAAGUACAAGAUGAUGUUUAUACUACAUUAGAACCAUCUGAAAGGAAUUCAUUUGGAAACUUUUUUUCAAUAUUAUAUUCAUCAAUUAAAAAUAAAAUGACAACAUUAUCUGAUUUUUUGGUACUUAAUUAUUCAACACUUACACCAGCUGAAGCAGCUUCUUCUACAGCAUUUUUUGUGAAAUUAGAAAAUUUUAAUGAAAAUUUAUGUAAUGGAAUAUCACAAGGAAUCUUAUCAAUUGCUGAUGAAAAUUUAAAUAAUAAAAUAUUAGUAACAGCUGUUUUAAAUAAUAAUAUAUUAAAAUUAUUAAAAGGAAAUGAAGAAUAUAUGAAGAUUAAUAUAAUGAAAAUAAUACCACCAAUAAUAAUAAUACCAAAUUCAAAUGAAUGUUUUAAAAUACAUUCAGAUGAUAAUGAAUUAAUACUUUGUUCAUUUAAUGAAUAUUCAAGAAAUUCAUGGUGGUUACAAAUAACAAAACAAAUAUUAUGUAAUAAUAAAAAUGAAAUACGUAAUGAAAUUUAUGGUGAAUCAACAAUAGAAGAACAAGCUAAAGUAUAUAUAAUAGAUAUUGAACAUUUAAUGAAUAAAAAUGAUAAAAAAGGAAUUAAUAUACAUAUUGAUGGAAAUGAAUCACAAUUACCACAAAGAUUUUUAAUAACUAAUGAUCCAAAAAUUUCAUUAUUAAGUGAAAAACCAAAAGAAUCUGAUAAAACAUUAGGAAUACGUAAAUAUAAAUAUGAAGAUUUUGAUUUUGAAAGGAAUAUUGGUACGGGUAAUUUUUCUAAUGUUUGGUAUGUUACUUUAAAAUCAAAUCCUACAAUAUCAUAUGCUAUCAAAAUUUAUAAUAUCUCUAAUGUUUGUAAUAAGAAUUAUGAAAAUUUUGUUAAACAAGAACGUAAUUCAUUAAUAUGUUUAAAUACACCAGGACAUAAAAAUGUUAUUCAAUUAAUUGAUACAUUUAAAGAUAAUACAAAUUUAUAUCUAAUAUAUGAAUAUGGAAUUGAAUUAUGGGAUUUAAUAAAAUUUUCUGGUUCAAUAAUUGAUGAAUUUGCUUGUUGGUUAAUACAUCAAAUUAUUGAUGGACUUGAAUAUAUACAUUCUAAAAAUAUUAUACAUCGUGAUCUUAAAUGUGAAAAUAUAAUAAUUUCACAAAAUAAUUUAAAAAUUAUUGAUUUUGCUACUUCCAAAUUUUCUAACACCAAUAUCAAUACUACUACUGAGGUUACUGGUACUAAUGGUACUGGUACAAAGGAUACUGAGGAUACUACAGUUGUACCAAGCACCGUAACGGAGGAAAAUACUAAUGAAGAUGAUGCUGUAACUAAUUCUAAGGAGUCUAAUACUAAUACUACUACUAAUAAUAUUAGGGAUAGAAGAAGUAGGAGGAUUAGAAGAUAUGAGAAUUAUAUUGGUACACCGAAUUUUAUGGAUCCAAAAACAAUAAGUAAUAUAGAUAAUGGAUAUAAACGUGAUAUAUGGAGUUUAGGUUGUAUAAUAUAUCAAAUUAUAGUAGGAAGACCACCAUUUAAUGGUUCAACAGAAUAUUUUAUAAUUGAUCGUGUUAAGAAAUUUGAUAUAAUAUUUCCAGAAAUAAAUCCACAAGCUAAAGAUUUAAUAUUAUUAUUAUUAAAUGAAGAUAUUAAUAUAAAUUUUAAUGAAAUAAGAAAUCAUCCAUUUUUAAAAAUACCACAAUAUAAUUGUAUUAAUUAUUGGAAACCAUUACGUGAAAUUUGUUAUAAAAUUGGUAAUCUAAUUUUAAAAUUACAAAAUAAAGAAAUUGAUGAAAAUAAUUUCAAUAAUAAAUUUAAUACAUAUAUUCAUCAAUUAAAUAAUAUUAAUAUAGAAAAUAUUAAUAAUACUGAUAAUGUGGAUGGAGAUAUGGAAAAUAUGGAAAAUAAGGAUAUGAAUAAGAAUAUAUUGAAUAGAAUAAUAAAUUUAAUGUAUUGGUUUGUUGAACAAACAAAUAAUGAAAUAAUUAAAGAAAUAAAUGAAGCAAAUAAAUAUUUAUCUUGA